GUCACUCAGUAGUGUCAUGGAGGUAACAUGGCCGAGGAGACGCGCCUAGUUCGCGUUGAAGAGAGACUAAGGAUUAAAAUCGGUGAAGCAAAAAAUUUACAAAGUAGAAGUCAUGGAUCUCCAGGUACUAGAGAUGUAUACUGUGCGUUGUCUCUUGACCAGGAAGAAAUAUUCAGAACGACGACCAUGGAAAGGACGCUUAAUCCUUUCUUCGGGGAGGAGUUUCAGUUCGAGGUACCCCGCAAAUUUCGAUACCUUGGUAUUUAUGUCUACGAUAGAGAUAGGCACUUAAAACAAGACAAAAUUCUGGGAAAAGUAGCAAUAAAGAGAGAAGAUUUAACUACGUAUCAUAAUAAAGAACAUUGGUUCCCAUUAAAACCAGUUGAUGCUGAUUCUGAAGUACAAGGCAAAGCUCAUUUAGAACUCGCUUUGCAACCACAAGUUGGACACAUUCAACCUAAACUUACAGUCAGAGUAAUAGAAUGUAACGAUUUAACUAUUAAAAAUGGUGGCUGUGAUCCAUUCGCAACUGUUACCGUCAUCUACAGUAAUGGCAAACAAAUAUCAAAGCGUACUAAAGUUAAGAAAAAAACUGUAUCGCCCUACUUCAAUGAGACAUUUGUUUUUGAGCCAGAGUUAAUGGAAUAUAAAGACAAAGAUGUAUCUCAUUACUCUAUCGAUGGAGGAGAAGUUGGUGAAGUUGUUGUUGGCUUAUGGCAUGCGUCUCCUGGUAUGGGAGAACAACCUGCAUUUUUAGGAGAAGUGCGUGUUACAUUAAGAGGACUUCAAAAGCAACCAACUAGUACAACGACUGCUUGGUAUUUCCUUCAACCAAGAGCAGCAAAACAUAGACCAAAUAAAAUUUCAAGUAAUUCAACUCCACCUGGUACUCUUCCAGGAUUAGGAUCUUUACGUUUAAAAAUACAUUAUACAGCCGAUCAUGUUUUCCCUUCUGUAGUGUAUGAGAGAUUACGAACGUUAUUAUUACAAAGUGUUAAUGUUCAACCAAUAACAUCAUCUGCUGUAUAUAUUUUGGGUGAAAUUGUGGCUUCUAAAAUGGAAGCUGCACAACCUUUAGUUAGAGUGUUAGUUCAUCAUGGACAAUUAGUAUCUGUGAUGCGAGCACUUGCAAGUCAUGAAAUUUCUAAACUAACAGAUCCGACAACUAUUUUUCGCGGUAACACAUUAGUCAGUAAAAUGAUGGAUGAAGGAAUGCGAUUAGCUGGUCUUCAUUAUUUACAUAGUACAUUAAGACCUGCCAUGGAACAGGUUUUUUUGGAAAGGAAACCGUGCGAAAUAGAUCCUACGAGAGUAAAGGAUGCAAAUACGAUACAAACAAAUUUAGCAAAUCUAAAGGAAUACGUAGAAAGAGUAUUCACGGCUAUAACAACAUCCGGUGUAAGAUGUCCGCCAUUGAUGUGCGAAAUGUUCUGGUGUUUACGAGAACUCGCUGCAACUCAUUUUCCAAAGAAUAAAGAAGUACGUUACUCGGUUAUAAGUGGUUUUAUUUUUCUUCGAUUUUUCGCACCUGCGAUAUUGGGACCAAGAUUGUUUGACAUCACUACGGAACAAAUUGAUUCUCAAACGAAUAGAACGUUAACAUUGAUAUCUAAAACAAUACAAAGUUUAGGAAAUUUAGUGAGUUGCAGAGGAGGAGCUGGUAGUGUUUGUAAAGAAGAAUAUAUGGAAUGUGUAUAUAGAGAAUUUUAUACGGAAAGACAUAUACAAGCUGUUAAACAAUUUUUGGAACUAAUAUCGACUAGUAGCAGUAGCGGUGCUACGAAACAACGACCUACGAUGUUGCAAGAACAACCUGUGGUGCUAAAAGAAGGAAUAAUGAUCAAAAGGGCUCAAGGUAGAAAAAGAUUUGGUAGAAAAAAUUUUAAACAAAGAUACUUCAGAUUAACUACUCAAGAUUUAACUUACUCCAAAACGAAAGGUAAAGAACCUUUAUGUAAAAUUCCAUUAGAGGAAAUACUCGCGGUUGAAAGGUUACACGAAGAUUCUUUCAAGAUGAAGAAUAUGUUUCAAAUAGUACAACCUCAAAGAGCAUUGUACGUUCAAGCAGGUAAUUGCGUGGAAGAAAAAGAAUGGAUCGACAUACUCACAAAAAUAUGUCACACGAAUAGUAAUCGAUUAGAAAAGUAUCAUCCUAGCGCGUAUAUCAAUGGUCAUUGGCUUUGUUGUCGCGCAGCAUCAGAAGUAGCACCAGGAUGUAGUGAAGUGUCACCAGGUAUAGAAGCUGGUUUACGUAUGGUUCUAGAUCCGGACAGAGAUUUACAAAGGAUACAUUCAUUGAUUUUCACCAAUAUGCCUCGUCUUGAAACAUUAAUGAGUGCAUGUGAGUGUCAGGCAGUGUAUGGGGCGAGUGAUAUGUGUGUGAUACCAGGUGGAGGAUCUCUUAUUGAAGACGUUCCAUCUUGUUUUAAAACUUUAAAUGCGUUGAGAGAUGCAGCAUAUCUUUUGCAACACGAACAUAGGGCUUACUUUAGAAGAGUGGCCCGUGACACCAAAUAUGGAAGCAAACAAGCACCAAUUGGCGACGACAAUUACCUCCAUUUAGCUGCCAGAGCCGGUUUCGAUAGUCAGCUAACUAAACGUGCUUACGAAACGGAUAGUUUGAAUCAACGCAGUUGCACGGACUCAGAUCAUUGCUACGAUAUUGGAUUUUCUAGACGAAUAGAAGAUCGAAGAUACGACGAUACGCUAAGGAAAUGUCUAGAUUCAGACUCCAUCAAUCGUAGGUAUGAGAAUGAAAGUAAUUUGUUAAGGCGGUACGAUAGUAAUACCGAUACUAUUAAAAGUAUACAAAAUGAUCUCAAAAAAUUUGAUCAUAGUUUAAACAAUACGUUAAGAUCUGAUAAAUCUGAAAGAAAUGCUAAUGAAAAUAUGGAAAAUCGUAAAAGACUUGAUAACUCGGCUUUGUUGGCGAUAGACGGUGUUAAUCUGUCGGGUACACUUUCAAGAAAGUUAAAUAAUUAUGAUAAUACUAGAAAACUAGAUGAAUGUACAUUGACAAGAAGAAUAAGGGACGACAUAAGUGACAUAUCCUGUACUGCUAUGAGCGAACGUGGCAAUCAUUAAUUUAUCUCUUGUGUAAUAUAAAGAAUAUACAUGCUCUACGUUCCUAGGACACAUUUUUAGGAAACUUUGUCCGUGCAUUCGCAUUAGUUAGAUUUCAAGAAGAAAAAGAAGAAGAGAUGGCAGUCGAAUUCAAACUCCGAUUAUAAUAAUAUAAGGCUAUA